ACAUUACGGUUUCGCGUUGCCGGGGAGUGACCUCACAACACAGAGACACAAUGGAGCUGCAGUGACAAUGUAAAUAGACGGUGCCUGUUCUUGCAGCUCACACGGGGCAUUAUUUUAGAGUCUCUCUCACACGGUGCAUGUGAUGGUGAAGAGGUGUUGUUGUGCACAGCGAGAUAACUGUUGUUUCUUUACGGUAACGAGCUUUUUGGGUGAGCCGUGAACCAGCUACGCUAAGCUAAGCUAAGCACCUGGCUGUGUGUGUGUGUGUGUGAUAUUAUAAUACCUGUGCAGCUCACCUGUCUGACACCUUAUUAUCGGCAUUAUCAUGGAGUUUCCCUUUGAUAUCAACCAGCUGUUCUCCGAGAGGGUCUCUGUUUUGGACCAGACCCUUGUUGGAGGUCGUAAAUCAGCAGGAAGGCCGGAUCUUCAAGCCCACAUAGCCACAGUUAUCGAUGAACUUGGGAGAGCCUCGGCAAAGGCCCAACAUCUCCCAGCACCUAUAACAAGUGCGUCCAAGAUGCAGUCCCAGAGACAUCAGCUCUACCUGCUGAAGGACGGAGAGAGCAACGGAGGACGUGGUGUGGCCGUGGGAUUUCUCAAGGUCGGCUACAAGAAGUUAUUUCUGCUUGACUUACAGGGCGUGCACAUAGAGGUGGAGCCACUGUGCGUUCUGGAUUUCUACAUCGCGGAGAACUUGCAGCGACAUGGCUAUGGAAUGGAGCUGUUUGAUUUCAUGCUGCAGCACAAGAAUCUGGAGCCCGUUCUGAUGGCGUACGACAGGCCCUCGCCCAAAUUCCUGUCUUUCCUGGCAAAGCAUUACUGCCUGACACAAAGUGUUCCUCAGGUAAAUAACUUUGUGGUGUUUGAGGGCUUCUUCUUCAACAGAUCAGCGGCCCAGUUGAGAAAGGUUCCCCUAAGAAAGCCAGACGGAGAGAUCAAACCCUACUCUUUAAUGGAGAGAGAAGGGGUACGUCAAGAGCAGAGGACUCUUCCCUGGCCGUUUGCUCCUCCGUAUUCCCCCCAGCGGUCGGUAUCCUCCCAGUACUCCCACUCCCUCAGCGUGGGAUCCUCCCCGAGCAGGGUGCCCACUCGAGCCGCCCCAGCAUCUGCCCCUGGGGGGAGCAACAGGGAUCAGAGCCCACAGUCCCCUCAUAUCGAUCGCUGCAGGGCAAGACGCACCAGCCAACAGGGUCUAGUUGCCAGAUGCAGCAUGUACAGUCGGCACAUGGACAGCAGAGCCGUUGGACUGCUGGACAGAAACUUGGCAGCACCUUGUGCCUCCUCAGGUCUGGGCUCGAUGGGGGAUCAGUCAAAAAACGAACUGCGACACACAGACACACACAGGUUGGCCAGUAUUCACACACCACAAAGCAGGUCCCACCCACCUCCUUCUCUUCCACCUCUGUCUCCAUCCAAGAAGGAUAACAUCUGCAGCCAGACCUCCGUAGACGGCGCAGAGACACACCUGGAUGCAGACGCCGAAGCCCUCGGUGCUAAAGAGGAGAUCAAGGAGGUGUCGGACAGUCCACAGCGUCAAGCGGGAAGCACGGCGAUCAACCGGAGACCUGUGUUGUUGGGGAAGGUGAGCGACAGGAGCAGAGGAGACUGGUCGUGGACAGUAGGAGAGAACUGCUACACCGCCCAGUGGGUGAAGCAGAAGCAGGAGUACAGGAGCACGAGGCCAUGGUGAUCCAGGAGGAAGUCCUGCGAUGACUACCAAACUUUUUAGACAUUAUUUACACUGUGCAAAGAUUCAGUGUGGCCCUUCAGGAGGGGUUCAGGAGCGCUGACGCCAAAUGCUCACUCACGGUGUUUCUGCUUUAAAAGGGCCAUAGUAAUGUCUUUCUUGGUCGGUCUCCAAGAUGAGUCAAACUGGUGCUCGGAGACAAAUAUGGAGCUGACUCCAUCCAACAGCCAUUCAUAAACAUUAGAUUAAAGCUGUAAUAAAGCAGCAAUGUUGUAGAAUUUGAAAAGUUAAGCACAUGGAAACGUGCAAGUCUCUUACAUGGUGAAGUGUGGAAAUAUUUCCCUUUGUAUGCCGAGUAAACUAACCCUUAAAGUCGACUCUUAAAGUAUGAGGAACUGCUCUUUAUCUGAUCUAUUUUUAGAACUGGUAUUUUGGUGCUAAACCGUUUUGUUAGGUCUCAUCCAAACAGAGGAGUAAACACACUAAAUGUGGCUUUUAAUUUAUAUACAAGCGAAUAUUCUGUGAUUAACACGCAGGAUGAUUCAAAGGAAGUCUGGAAAACCUCCAGACGUGUGCUACCUUUCAUAUCAGAGGGUAUAUUUUGAUCCCUGUUCCCUCUGCUGCUUUCAGAACAAUGAACAAAGACU